GACAUGUAAAUUUCAUAUGAAACUGCAGUGUCCGAAUUAUCACGUACAUAACAGUAUUUCAGAAAAUAGUUCCGGUUAUAAUAUUGCGAGGACGCCACGAUAGAUAUUUUUAGCCGCGAGAGAGAUUAUAUACUUCUAACGCGCGUAAGAGAUUCUCUGGAAAUUAUACUGAAUUAAAUAUUAUAGACAAGACAACCGUGGAAGAUUUAUAAAAACUUUGAAAAAAUUUGCUCAUCUCUUUAAGAUAGACACAGGUCUCGUUAGACGAUAAUUCCAUUGCAAAGAUACAGCUGUAGCAAACGUCAAAUCAAAUAUGGCAAGUGUGACUUUAAAAGUUGAUGCUACUCUAUGAUCGUGAGAAGAGAACUUGAAGAAGCGAGAGGACAUCUCGUAGCCGCUCUUUCAAACGGCAAACGACUCAUCGUAUGAUCGGAAAGAUAUUUCCCAAGGAAUUGUCAUCUUGACUACUAAAUGCUUGCAUAGUCAUUACGCCGUUUUAUAGUCCCGGCCGAUACAACGGAUUGCGCUCUCGAAGAUCAUACCACUGGGACAAGAGGAGAUUUUCGAAAUGACGAUGACCGUCGACAAACCUCGCUUGGUGGGGGCAAAGACGAAGAGGACGAAAAGGUGGACGAUAAUGCUAUCGCUGUAUGAACCGGUCCAGGAGUAUGAGGGCCGUCUGCUUGCUCCUCGUCGGCAUCGUCGCCGUGAAUGCCCAGCGCCGUUUAGCCUUGCCCGAUCCGCGAAGCUGCGCGAAUCGUGUCCGUCAUUCGUCGUACCGAGAUGGCCGAGGGGUCGCUCACUCAUAUUUCUUCAGCUGGGAACAUCAGCCGACCAGAAGUCUCGAGGUAGAUUGGCUGGACGCUCGCAACAUUUGCCGUCGUCAUUGCAUGGACGCCGUGUCUCUGGAGACCCCUCAGGAGAACGAAUUCAUCAAGCAGAGACUAGCGAGAGGAAACGUGAGAUACAUUUGGACAUCGGGCCGUAAGUGCAACUUCAACGGCUGCGACCGAGCAGAUCUUCAGCCCCAGAACGUUAACGGAUGGUUCUGGUCCGGAUCUGGCGCCAAGAUCGGGCCGACAAGCCAGCGUAACUCCGGAGACUGGAGCAACACCGGAGGAUACGGUCAACCACAACCAGACAACCGCGAAGCUGCACAGGGUAACGACGAGUCUUGUCUGUCCAUCUUGAACAACUUUUACAACGACGGUAUCAAGUGGCACGACGUGGCGUGUCACCACGUCAAGCCUUUCGUGUGCGAGGAUAGCGAUGAGCUUCUUAACUUCGUCGCGUCUCGGAACCCAGGUAUCCGUUUGUGAAAGGCGACUGCGGCGAUCUCUGGCAAGCAAGCUAUCGUCGUACAUUGAAGAAUUGCGAGGAUAAACCAGGACAAAGGCGACGAUAUUUCAGACGUACCGUGUACUCUUUCUCUCUCUCUCUCUCUUUCUUUCGUCGUAUUUUUAUUUAUAAUUACACUAACCAAUACUCUCUUUAAUACAAAUCGCGAUUGUAG